UUUUAACAAUACCUUGGCGGCGCCUGCGCGCUCCGUACGUCAGUUUUGCCAACUCGAAGCGCGCGGCAUUACGUAUCUCUAUCGACCUUUUUCUCGAUAAUCGAUAUAUCGUUACGAGUGAUAUUAUCCCAUUUCUUUAUGUGACCUUCACUUCCUGUGGAUCGGAAACACAUUGUGAAUACCGUGCAUGAUUUUUCUUAACGUUGAAUAUUAACGUUAAUGAGAAUUUAAAUAUUUUAUAGUUCUUUAUACGCCGCUUUUGGAUGUUACGCUCACUUGAACAACAUGGACAUCAAUGCUCCGUAGUUAGUGAGCGAAGUGAGGGGAAAAGCGCGCCAUCAUGAGGUGUUCACCACACCGUACCGUUUAGCCGACACGCUUGCUGCACUUUACUUUGGAGUGAGAUGCGGCGGCAGGGUCGGCUAUCGGCCGGCGGCGCACUCGUAGUGCGUUCCGCCUCUGCUUUACAAGUGUGGCUCUGGUUGCUGCUCUUCGUAUUUCAAAAUGAAUUCCGGAUAUCGUGGUCCAUUCAACCCGGGUAUUUGGACUUCGACAAUCUUCCUGAAACAAAUUUCACGUGUACUGGCAAAGUUAUCGGUGGUUACUAUGCAGAUUUAGAGACGUCUUGCCAAAUGUUUCACGUUUGCACUGUAGGACAACAAGAUGAACCCAUGGAUAUAAAGUUCCUCUGUCUUAACGGCACUGUCUUUGACCAGGAGACUCGAGUAUGCGAAAGGGUUGACGAAGUUGAUUGCACAAAGUCUGAAAAAUUUUACAGUUUAAAUUUAGAAUUAUAUGGAAGUACUGUACCACCUAUAAUAACGCCAGAACUGAAAGAUGAACCUAAACAAACAGAACCACCUCAACAGCCAUCCAAAUCGAGCACUGAAGGUACUUCUGAUCCAUUUAUUAACGAUUCGUCUACAAACGCUGAUAAAAACCUAAACCAAACGACCGAUAUUAUUGAUUCCACUGAAGAUCCAAUACAGGAAACUAAUAAAGAUGAAAAUCGAAACCAACAUACUAAUAAACCUAUACAAACUUCAACCUUGAAAGUUGAAGAGGAAGAGUACGAAGAUGAGGAGGAAGGAGUAGAUGGUGAAUAUGAAGAUGAUUAUCCUCAAUCUGUUACGACAACAACCACCCAUCAAUCGAUAACGACCAUAUCUUCAACAACCAAACAUCCUCCUAGUACUUUAUCACCAUCAACUAUUCGUCCUCCUAUAGCCCACAUUAUUUCUUCUUCUCCUUCUCCUACGCUUUCUUCGAUUUCUUCUCCAUCCUAUUCUACUAUUUCACCUUCCUUAAUUCCUUCAUCAACAAUAGAUCCAUCGUUAUUGUCACCACAAGAGUUUAUAUACCGCCACCGUGGUCCAGGGUCUGAAGCCAUAUCCUUCCAAAGACAAAGUUUUCGACCAGCUGAUGGUGUUUAUAUAACGCAUGCUCCACCACAGCAGUUUGACCACUUUCAAUACGAAUCAUCCAGAACUGUACCCCGCCCUACCGCACCAAGGCCAGUUCCAUUUGUGCAACGCCCACAACCAGCACCCUUUAGAGCAACUACUAUAGAUCCACGGGAUCAAUUGCUGCGACCAGGACAAUCGCUACAAGCCCCAGAACGACAUGAAAUCUCAUUACAAAAUAGACCACAACCUUAUCCUUCUCCGCUACCUUCACAACAACCAUUACCAUUCUAUUAUGAUCGAAAGCGAAGUGAGGACUCUAGCCCUGAAGAACAGUCAUCCUUGUCAGCUCGAUCUGUAGCGCCUAUAGUUGAAACAGAAAGGCCGCCCGUAAAACCCAAAAGUCCUCCUCGAGUUAUUGUGACAGCCAGUGCAUCAGUUAGUGACAGUACUGGAAAGCGAUUGAACUAUACUGUGGGUAAUGUAGUUAGUGCUGUAAAACCAAUUGUUGCUAUAAAUUAUGAUGACUACAAAGAAUCCGAUCUUAUAUUUGAUCCAUUCUUUCUUGACGUGCCAAAACUUCAAGCAAGACGAAAAACAAGAUCUAAUCGAAAUAGACAAAUAUUCACAGUGCCUGCCACCGCUACUAUAUCUUCACUUGGAACGUUGGAUACAAAAAUAAAGGCUACUUUAUCCCCAGUAACAUCACGAGCUACAACGACAAAAUUAUAUCCUACUGAAACUCCAACGACCACAACUACGAUGGCAUGGAAUCCAGAAGAUUAUGUCGACGAUAACUAUGAACCCCACGCAUACAUACCGCCUGUUCCACCAUUAGCAGUGUUGGCUCGUGAUACUUUCAAUAGUAGAAAUCAAGACAGGCAUUCGUUUAACAAAAUUGUUGAGAAACAUAACCAAGAAAAUAAGAAAACACAUCGCAUGGAGCUGUCUAAGCCGACACAUUCUGCUGUGCAGACAAUCUCUAGUCAAAGCGCGGGUACCGAGGCUGCAGAUAUUAUCACUUCACCGUUGCCCAUUGAAGCACCCGCUUGCGCCAAAUCGCGCUCCUAUGACUGUCGGAAUCGUGCCUAAUAAAUAUAGGAAUUAGCUCACUUUAUAAAUAGAUAAGUAGAUUCAUAUUUAAAUAGUUAGUGAAUUUUAAACAUAAAACUGACUUUCCUGCUGUAUAAAUUAAAUAUUGUAACUUUAAGUUUGAUUUACAUAAGUAGACAAUUUAAAGUUAUUGAAAUUACAACAAGAUGAUAUUGAUAAAUCUGCGUUAUACUUUUAUACCAUAAUAUUGUAAAUGGUUAUUAUGACACCUUUUUAAAUGGAUAUUUAGAAUACUGUAAAUAUUUUAACGUAAAACAAUAAAAACUAAGUUUCGUAUAA